GCUGAUCAGAGGGAAAUGCAAGUGCCGGGCACUGAUGAUCAGUGCCCUGAUGAUCGGUGCCCAGCAUUGCCACCCGCAAGUUCCGCCCACCUGUGCCCAGCAGUGCGCCCACUAGCUCCGCCCACCUGUGCCCAGCAGUGCACCCACCUGUGCCCAGCAGUGCACCCACCUGUGCCACUCUGCAGUGCCACCUACCUGUGCCCAGAAGUGCCACCUACCUGUGCCCAGCAGUGCCACCCACCUGUGCCCACCCACCUGUGCCCACCAGUGCCACCCACCUGUGCCCACCCACCAGUGCUGCCCAACAGUGCCACCCACCAGUGCAGCCCAGCAGUGCUGCCAGUCAGUGCCACCAGUCAGUGCCCAGGGGUUGUGCCAGUCAGUGCCGCCAGUCAGUGCCCAGCAGUGAUGCCAGUCAGUGCCGUCUAUCAGUACCCAUCAUCAGUGUCACCUAUCAGUGCCGCCUAUCAGUGC